AUGGCGUCCGACGAGAUUAUCUGGCAAAUCAUCAACCAGCAGUUCUGCAGUUUCAAACUUUCCACAGAGAAGAAGCAGACGUUUUGCAGAAACGAGAACAAUGUCACAGGUCUCUGCAACAGACAAUCAUGCCCGCUGGCAAAUUCCCGUUAUGCCACCGUUCGACGCGCUCCGAACAAGGACACGCUGUACCUUUACAUGAAGACGAUCGAACGUGCGCACAUGCCCUCGAAGCUAUGGGAGCGCAUCAAGCUGCCCAACAACUACGCCAAGGCCCUGGAGAUGCUCGAUGACAAGCUCAUCUACUGGCCCAAGUUCCUCGUCCACAAGUGCAAACAGCGUCUCACCCGUCUCACACAAGUCAACAUUCGCAUGCGCAAGAUCGCCGCCGAGGAGGAGCGCAUGGGCGAGAAGCUGGUACCGAAGAUGGCGCCCAAGAUCCGGCGCCGCGAGGAGGCCAGAGAGCGCAAGGCCGAGGCCGCCGCCAAGUUGGAGCGUACCAUUGAGCGCGAGCUUGUCGAGAGAUUACGUUCCGGCGCCUACGGCGACCAACCCCUCAACGUCAGCGAGUCGAUCUGGAGGAAAGUCCUCAACUCCAUGGAGAAGGAGGGCGCUGGCAAGCGUGAUAAGGACAUGGACCCCGGUAUGGAGUCGGAGCAGGAGGGCGAGGAAGAGGACGAGUCCGAGGACGACUUGGAGAAGGAGGUCGAGUACGUCUCCGACAUUGAGGAGAGUGAAGAGGAGCUCGAGGACAUUGAGGACUGGCUCCAGAGCGACGAUGACGCCGAGGAUGAUGACGAGGAGGAGGAGGAUGACGACUCUGAGGACAGCGACGAGGAGGCGGCUCGCAAGGCUGGCGACAAGCGCAAGCGCGGCCGGGCGGUCAAGAUGAACCAGAAGAGGCUGAAGCAGAAGCAGGAGGAGCGCCCCAAGAUUGCGGAGGAAUUGACCUGGUGA